UGCUAUGGCGGAGAGCUUGUAUGAGGGACCAAGCAUAAUGAGAGAUUCGCCUUAUAUUCAUGAUUCCAAUGUGGAUUUUUGUGAUACCUCUUCGGUUGGAAGUAGGGAUGAACACGUUGACCGUGACCCCGCCUUUGUGGAAGACAGAUUUCGGAUAGACAGAAAGAAACUGGAACAAAUGUUACAGGCUCCAGAUAACGAAGAUGACGAAGGGGCUGAAGACUUCUUUCAAAGGAUCAUGGAUGAAACAAAUACUCAAAUCACCUGGCCAACCAAGUUAAAAAUAGGUGCAAAGUCAAAAAAGGAUCCUCAUAUCAAGCUAGUGGGUUACCCAGAAGAUGUAUGCUUGGCAAAAGAGAAAAUCAUGACAGUGCUAGACACAAAGAGUAACCGUGUGACGUUAAAAAUGGACGUAUCUCACACAGAACAUUCUCAUGUGAUCGGCAAGGGAGGUAACAACAUCAAACGUGUGAUGCAGGAGACGGGUUGUCACAUCCACUUUCCAGACUCUAACAGAGGCAGCAACGUACAAGAGAAAAGCAAUCAGGUGUCUAUAGCAGGCCAGCAGACAGGGGUCGAAACAGCUAGGUCACAAAUCAGGGACCUCCUUCCUCUGGUGUUUAUGUUUGAGAUUCCGAUGACGGGUCUACUGCAGCCCAUCCCUGACAGCUCGUCCCCUGCCGUCCUGUCCCUGCAGCAGCUGUACAACGUGACCAUCACCUUCAAACAGCGCCCCCGCAUGUACGUCACCACGGUGAUCGUCCGAGGCUCGGUGAACAACGCUAAAGCUGUGAAGGAGGCGACGGCUAAACUGAUGGAGCAGAUGACUGGAAACGGUAACCUGCUUGUGAGUAUGCAGUUGGAAAUAGCCCCCCAGCAUCAUCUGUUCAUCAUCGGUCGCGGGGGCGUUAACAUCAAACAGAUCAUGCAGCGCACGUGUGCCAGCAUCCACUUCCCCGACCCCAACACUGCAACGCCACAACGAAAAGGAACUGUGUAUAUAACAGGAAACAUAGAAAGUGUAUUUUUAGCAAGACAACAACUCAUCGGUUGCCUCCCCCUUGUUUUGAUGUUUGAUGUCAAAGAAGACAUUGACUUAGAUCAAGGGCGAGUACAGCAACUGACUGAGCAGCUGGAUGUUUAUAUCAGUGUUAAACCAAAACCAAAACAAACAAGCAAGUCUGUGAUUGUGAAAAGUAUUGAGCGCAAUGCUUCCAAUAUGUACCUUGCUCGCCUCCUCCUGCUGGGUCUGGAGAGAGAGGAGAUCCUUGUCCCAGCCAACAACAACAACAACAGCCACAUGGGCAGCAUCAACGGUGACACCCCUGCCAUGCCCAUGUGUGGUGGACUCGGGCUAACAGCACUGGGCUUCUUGAGUCACAACCUGCUGAACGUGAGUACGACCAACUCGCUGAUGAUGAUGAAUGGUCACCGGAGCCCAUCCCUCGGGAGCCCCGUCGGCUGCCCAAGUCCGGCCAGUCCCAACAACUGGGUGUCCACACCAGGAUGUGGUGUGUACAGCCCCCUGAUGGUUAUGAGCCCCACAUCCAACACCUGCGCCAUCCACGGCCCCCUCAACGUGAUCACCCAGUGUAACGGGAUCCACAAGGAGUAUCCACAGAACAGUGCCUUUGUCAGAGUCACAGCACUAGAACAAGGUCACAGUAGUAACAACAGUGACUCGACGAGUCCACCCCACAGUCCAUGUGCAAGUCCAGUUACAGUGUCCAUCGGACCUCCAUCUUCAGUAGAUUUCCCGGGUCUCCAGACGGCUGGUACGAUCGGUGACCUUGUGACCCGUGAGAACCCUCUCAGCAGCAGCGGUCACACGCUGGACCUGCUGGGUCUGAGUAAAACAACGGGCUCGUCGCUCACCAAGUCUCAGAGUCUGUUCAUGGAAAACACCCUGACGGCCAGAUCACUGCAAAAUGGCCAUGUUGAAAGCACGUGUGAUUCUUCUGUAGCUGAGACGGAUGUGUCUGAUAAGCGAGCUCCGGGAAUCGAGCGUAAGAAUUCCACCACGUCACUCUUCACAAACCCACUGCCCUACGCGUUUGACUACGAACAAAAGAAACUACUUGCACUUAAAGCGAUGCAGAAGAAGCCUGAGGGGGAGUCGCGCACGCCGACAGACAUGUGGUCGGGCCUGGGUUUCUCCAAGUCAAUGCCCGAGUCGGCCAUCAGAGAACGCAUGAGUCAGCUCGGCACCGGCUCACACUACAUGGGACCGCCCAUGUCAACUACGUUUGAGAAUGUCGAGCCAGACCUGUCUCUGGACAUUGACCGUGAUCCCUGGAAGAACCCCAGCUCCAUGAACGCUCCCAUUAACAAGGCUCCCGGGGAGUACCCCAGUCCCAGGAAAAAGUAUGAGUUUGGUUUGAGCAUCAGCAACCACGUGGACAGCGCGACAUUGGCGCACCUGCGUCAGAAAGAUCUGUGGUCUCCUAAGACAGACCUGGCUGAGCUGUUCAGUAAGCUGGGACUCGGCAAAUACACCGACGUGUUCCAGCAGCAGGAGAUUGACUUGAGUACGUUCCUCACACUAACAGACCGCGACCUGAGAGAACUGGGUAUAUCAACGUUUGGUGCAAGAAGGAAGAUGUUGCUGGCAAUAGCUGAUUUGUGCAAGCGAAGAACGCUGCAGACCGUGACCCCUGGUGGCGGCAGUCACCCGUUCCAAGAUAAUGGUGCGUCGGCUGAUGAUCAGAGACGAGAUAAUAUAGCCAGUCUAAGUGGACGUUGGUGAACACGUAACAACAGAUCAGACCGCCAGAACAGUUUCCAUGCCAUUCGGAUAUCGCCAACAGGCAGUCGUAUUGGCUGCUGAUCAAUGCUGACUGGUUUUGUCCAGAAGUGACUGGCCCUAACCAGUUCUAGAGGAUUUUUAAAAUAUUUUGUGUGGGCAAUGAACCGUUAAUGAUGUGCAGUAGGCUUUGAUUGGAAGGUUUUAGAAAGGUUUUGAGUUGUAACCAGUGCUCACUGAACUACAAGUAAGAGGUAAUUUGGUUACUAGCUUGUAACCAGUUAAAACUGAGUUGUUACCAGUUUGUAAUUUGUGAUAACUCAAGUUGUAACCAGUGGUAACAGUUGUAACCAUUGUUUACCCACUUGUAACCAGUGGUAACUGGUUAUGGUCGGUUAACGAAAGCUAGGUUUAAUAUGGAUAUUGUUUGAAUAUAUUGAGGAUAUUUUUUAAUUUUGACAAGAAUCUUGAAGCUAUGAUUAUGUGGACCUUAUGUGACUGUCUAGUCUUUGUUUUUUUUGUUAACCUAUAUAAUCUCGGUGAUGUGAAAUUCAGUUUAUUCUUAGGCCCAUUGGAAAUGCCUCAUUUAUUUGCCAACAAUAAACAAACUACAUGUAGGCUAAUCAUUUUUAUAAUCUUUUAUCAGAGAUUGAUGAACUAGUUUUGGGGGAUCUUUUGAAGUCUGAACAAAACAGAAAUCGUUCUUAGGCCCUUUCUCUCUCUCUCUCUCUCUCU